AUGGCUUCAAAUCUUCUUCAAUAAUUGCAGAAAAGAUCUAUAAUCAAACCAAAAAAGGAUGCAUCUACGCCAAGUUCUAUUAUCAAAUAGUCGACCAAGAUGGUUGUAUAUCCUGCAGAUGUAAUAUUUAAUCAACAGAUCCCUUAGAACAAUUAAAGUAAUCUCAAUUUAAGUGCGAAUAACUCUUUUAGAUCAUUUAUAUCGCAUAGUGAAGCAUCAUUAUCUUCAUUUGAUGGAAUACCUGGAAUGAUAAUCUGA